AUGUCGCGAUCCCCGCCCAAAGAUCAGACUGAGGUUCAUCUAACCAUCCUCGACGACGUCGAAUCUUCGCAGGCUUUAAGUACGGGCGCUGCAACUCCGCUGACACUUAUAAGAAGAACUGCAGUAGUAUUCCAGCUUUGCGGGGUCAAUUUCGCCACGAGCGCAUCCAGCGGUCUCAUAGUCAUUGGACUUCCUCAAUUGACCUCAGAUCUCAAUAUACCGCAGUCGCUCGCCUUCUGGCCGUCAUCAGUUCAAGGGCUAGCCACAGCUUCGGCACUGCUGCUCUCAGGUGCCGUCGCUGAUGUCUUGGGGCCCCGAUCCGUAAAUCUAUCGGGGUGCAUACUCAACGGCGUGCUCAUGUUGUCCUGUGGAUUUAUCAAAAGCGUUCAACAAUUGAUUACUAUGAGGGCAUUGCAGGGCGUUGCCAUAGCGAUGCAUUUCUCCAGUUCUGUGGCUCUCGUCGCUGACACUCAGCCUCGUGGACAGAGCCGAAACAUAUCGUUCGCUUGCUUGGGUUUGAGUCAGCUGCUAGGCUUUACCUUUGGCCUUGUCCUCGGUGGCGUACUCGUUGAUACUGUUGGAUGGCGCUCGGGAUGGUAUCUUUAUGGAGGCACUACCCUGCUCCUGUCCGCCGUUGGUCUAUGGUCACUGCCAAAGCCCGAGCCGCUCGGUUUCCGAAACAUAUUCGGUGAUUUGAUAUCCAGAGUCGAUUGGAUCGGAGCAUUACUUGCCUCGGUUUCCAUGGCCUCGCUUUCCUAUUUCUUAGCGGUUAUCAGCACGGACGUCCAUCGUAUCAAAGAGACCGGGACUAUUAUACUCCUAUGCUUCAGCUUGGCGACCCUGCCACUGUUUGUUGGUUGGAUGCAUUACCGAGUAAAAAGAAGCAUGCCGGCUCUAAUACCUAAUGCCUUCUGGAGCAACUCUGCUUUUGCUGCUAUAUGUAUUGCUGUAGCUUUAUCGUUUGCAGUGCUGAAUUCUCUUGAUCUUCUUACAAGUCUCUAUUUUCAAGAGAUCCAAUAUUUGUCGGCUGUCGAGGCUGCGAUCCGCAUCCUUCCCAGUACCGUCGUCGGACUAGGCCUUAAUCUGAUGACCGGUCUCAUCGUGCACAAAAUACCUGCUGUCUGGCUUGUAGCGGUCUCGUCACUACUUUCCUCGGGAUCCCCGCUGCUUAUGGCCAUGAUCAAUCCUAGUUGGUCUUAUUGGGUCGGUGCUUUCUUCGCACAAAUCCUUCUGCCAUUUUCUAUCGAUGUGCUCUUCACCGUCGGGCUCAUUAUUGUUACUGAGGUUUUCCCCGAGAAGAAUCAAUCCCUUGCCGGUGCUGUCUUCAACACGGCAGCGCAGUUUGGGAACGCUCUGGGGUUGGCUAUCGUUCAAGUAGUCUCCGCAGGGGUGACAAACCGAAACAUCAACCCAAAGUCCCCCGAGGCUCGCUUGGAAGGUUACCGUGCAUCUUUUUGGACUCUCUUUGCCCUAAUGCUUGUUUGCGUACUUGUGGGAGCACUUGGGCUACGGAGAGCGGGCAAGGUUGGGUCGAAGCGUGAUUGACAUUAUCCUUUGAUCUGGACCGCUCAAUCCAUGGACCGUCUUAUUCCACACGUCUUAUAGUUGAAACCAUGGUGGAGUGGCUAAACAACGAAAGGGUAUGAUAGGUG